GUCUCCAGGAUUCCUCAGUCAGAGAGGAGCAGCAGAGGGAAAGACAACCGGACAGCUGCAGCACAAACGGGGGGGAAAAAAAGAAACAUUUUUUGUUUUUCAGCUAUGGCUAUGUUUAUCGCCUGUGGAUGAACAUCCCUCCCAGCAUUUUAUCAGGUUUCUGGUCAUCAACCAGUCCCGUCUGCCUAUGAGGACCUGCAAGUGAGAAGGGAUUGAAUCAGGAAUCUGCCACCUCUCCUCAUUGGGUGUGAAUUCUUGGUCUGAAUCAUGGGGAACCAGCUGACUGAUAUUGCCCCCAACACGUCGUUCCUGCCAAGCUUCCAGUGUCUUCAUGUGGUGGUGAUCGGUCUGGAUUCGGCUGGGAAGACCUCCCUGCUCUACAGGCUCAAACUCAAGGAGUUUGUGAAAACCAUCCCCACCAAGGGCUUCAACACAGAGAAGAUCAAGGUGGCAGUGGGGGCGUCCCGGGCCACAAACUUCCAGGUGUGGGACGUGGGUGGCCAGGAGAAACUCCGGCCCCUCUGGAAGUCCUACACCCGUCGAACGGAUGGGAUAGUGUUUGUUGUGGACUCCACCGAAGUGGAGCGCCUGGAGGAGGCUAAGGUGGAACUCCAUAAGAUCACCCGCACCUCCGAGAACCAGGGGGUGCCGGUGCUGAUCCUGGCCAACAAACAGGACCUGGACUCAGCCUUGUCUGUCGGCGAGGUGGAGAAGCUGCUGGCCGUGCACGAACUCGGCAUCUACACGCUGUACCAAGUGCAGGGCUGCAGCGCUGUGGACGGCCAGGGGCUGCAGACGGGCCUGGAGAAACUCUACGAGAUGAUCCUGAAGCGAAAGAAGACGGUGAAACACAGUCGAAACAGGAAGAGAUGAACUCUCUCCUCAGGGAUUGCCGACAUAACCCCCGAGGAGGUGCUCUCAGAGUUGGGACACUUCCAGGCCUAAUGAGCCCCUUAUUUUUCCGAUGGGGAGCGAUUUGUGCCAACAGAAUAAGACCAUUUACAAACUGCCUUUCAGGGGUCAGCAGAAAUGGACUUAAAUGGACAUAACACCGAAGCAGUAUUGACUUUCUUGGUGGUGCAGUCGCUGAAAGCCAAGCUUAAUGAUUUGACAUUGGCAGCAGUUAGUCAUCACUAAGUGCUUGUUUAGGCCAGAUUUAAAGACAAUUUCCAACAAGAACCAACACAUUUAUAUGGCAGGAUUCUGGUGAAGAAAACCAUCACCGGCUUUCACGGAAAGGCUGUUUUUAUCCUCUCUGAAAUAUUUAUUCAGUGCUUCAGUGUGCGUGCUGGACAGAAGGCAGAUGCUGCCUAAUAAUGCGACAUGAAGCAGUGUUUUGUGGUUUCAGAGAAUUAAUAAUUCACCUAAAGAAAGGACAUUCCUGUCAUCAGCACAUGCAGAUGUUAAGUUUCAGUUGCUUUGAUUCAAGUGUUUAUAAAAAUUGUACAUUUUUUGUAAAUUUGGAGACUGAAUAAAUCUUAAAGAGCUGUAUGAGAAA